CUUAAAUUAGUCGCAACUCGUUGCCCGGACCAUCGGUUUUAGCGGAUUGCUUUCCCGGACUCUAAUUAUUUGCACAAAAAUGGUCGUUACGUGUGAGAUCAGCUUCGACAAUAAUAGACACGGCACUUUCUACGCCGGUCAGUUGGUCAGCGGCUGUGUAACCCUGAAAUGCGACAGACCCAAGGAAAUACAAGCCGUGUUACUCAAGGUGGUCGGCUAUUCUAUAACCAAAUGGAGCGAAAAGAGUCUGGGCUCGUCCAAACUUUACGCUGGUCGGGAGGAUUAUUUAUCAUCCAACACUUAUCUGGUGGGCUCUGAGCAAAACAAUAACAGGCACACUAUUCAAGCUGGGGUGCACAACUAUAACUUUGCCUGUCAGCUACCCUACCAGUGUCCUUCGUCCUUUGAGGGCCGUCAUGGCUGCAUCCGGUAUAUAGCGAAAGUUUUGCUCAUCAGACCCUGGAAAUUUGACCAGGCAUACACACAGGGAUUCACGGUGCUGAAAAUGUUGGAUCUGAAUUUUGAUACUCCUCAGUUGAGGUUGGCUGCACACAGUGAGGGCUACCGGACCUUCUGCUGUGGUCCCUGCAAGACAGAUCCGCUCAAGCUGGAGCUGCACCUGCCCCAGGCGGGCUAUGUGCCUGGACAGCGAAUUCCCGUCACUGUGGUUGUUGUUAACAACACCGCCGUGGCCGUCUCUGAGUUGCGACUCUGUCUGGUAAUGCUAGUUCGCUACUACAGCAUAACCCCGGAGCACUCUCGAGUGGAGCGCAUCAUCAUUUCGCGGGCCAAGGGAGACUCUGUGCUGAAGCAGUCCACCCGAUCCCUGACCAUCGACCUGCCCAUUCCAUCUACGCCGCCCACCUGUGUGGAGCUGAGCAACCUCAUCCAGAUCGCCUACCAGUUGGAGGUGGAGGCGCUGGUAAAGAGUCUGCGGGAGCAGCAGCUGAUGGUGAUGCCGGUGACCAUUGGCACCAUUCCCCUGGCAGUGUCCGGAAUGGUGGUGCAGCAGCCCCCGAGGCGCAGUGCCCAUUACGAGGGUCCAGUCUCCAGGAGGGAUCCACCCGGUGAGCUGCCCCUAGUUGCUGCCUUGGGAAGUGUUCCCACCGAUCUGACACCCAGUCCAACGGAUGCAGAUCCACCGAAAUACGAGGAAUCCAAACACACGCAGAAGGGCAACAUUAACGAGGAGGAGCUCCACGCCUUUGGAGUCAAUGAGUUUGCCCCCCUCUACCCGGUCUACAGCAUCCCCAGCCCCACGCCUGUGCUUUCGGCCAACGCUCGGAAUGCGGGCUUCGUUAACCAGAGCUUUGUUAAGUAAAGUUGAACCACCAUUGCGGAAACGUUAUAUCUUUUUUAAAAUGUUGCCCAUAAAAUACAAUUUAUACACUGUUAA